GCCUUCUACCCGCUUGGUGGGGCUACGAUACUGUUAUUGAAAAGAAAAACUAGGAAAUGGCUUCAUUUCGUAUCUCGACAAGGCUAAUGUGUUUAUCUCUUAAAUGAAUUUUGAAUAUUCUCGAAACGUAUCAGAGAUCUUUGUGCCCACUAUAUCCAAAUUCACUCUUAUGUUUGGAUAAUUAUUGACAUACGGUUAAAGAUGGCAUGCUGCUUUACUUGUUAGCUAGCCAAAAGAAAGAUGUCCAGACUGUGUAAAGGCUGGACAUUUUAAACAGUGUUACAAGCCUGCAAGAGUUUGAAGUCCAUGUUCGGCCGAGGGAAAAGUUGUCACAUCCUGAUUGUGGUUGUGUGGAACACAACGUCAAAAUCACACGACUGUCGACACGUACGCCACGCGACACACACACACACACACAUAUCUGUGUUUUAGAAUCCAGUUAACCUGUGCAGAAUUAUCAAUGGAUUCACAUUGUGUGGGUGAAAGUGAAGGACUGACCUUCUGUCUGGCCAGACCAGAGGAUUACGAUGACGUGAUGGCCAUAUCACAAGACAUAUAUGGUGGCAAUGACUACCUUCCACAUCGCUAUCACUCCUGGAUGACUGAGCCAGGGAGAGUGGUUAUUAUAGCACGUAGAGAUAGGAAGCUGGUGGCUCUGGAGUCAGGCCUGCUGGUUGAUGGAGGUGAAACUGUAAUAGUUGAGGGAUUAAGAGUGUGUCCAAACGAAAGGGGUUGUGGUCUGGCUGGAGUGAUCCAGAGAUUUGUUGAUGGCUACAUAAAGAGGGUCUACCCUAAUGUGAAGACCAAGCGCCUCACCAGAGGAGAUGACCCAGGGCCUGAAAAACUGAGCAAGUUCACGCUUCUGGCCAGACGGGCCAUUCUCUCCCUAUGGGGGGAUUCUGAAGGUUUUGAUAGCUUUGUCUCAGGUCUGAAGGAAAAACUGCUUGUGUCAGAUGAGUCUAACAGUAGCAGUCCUUUAGUGCAAGUAAAGGACUUGGAUGCUCUUAAGACCAUUCUCAUGGAUUCAGACUUGUCUUCUAGACUUCAGCUUCCAGGCGGUGCCAUCAUCCAGGAUUGGCAGCCCUUGAAGCUCAUGGAGAGUAACCUUCACAUCUUGGCAAGGCGAAACUUGACGUGGUUUGUAGAUGGUUCCAGUGGGAAACCCCUGUUCAUGAGCUUCCACACACCUCCCUAUCCUAUUCCCUUUAACGGGGGGUCUCUACGCUUUAAUAUCGACCUGUACGGGACGGACACUUCUUUAGCAAAGAAGGCACUAACAGCUCACCUGAACAGUGUGAGAAGUGAGAUUCAAGGCUUGGUUUUGGUUCAUAUUUAUAUGCAUCAGACUCUAUGGGAAGAUUUAAAGCAGUUUUGUGAGGGCCAUGAGACAGUGAAGCAGUUCCGGGAUUACUGGGAGCAGCUGUUUUUGGAAAGAGAGCCAUAAUGAUAUCUAAAGAGGAUGGAGAGAAGAAAAAAGAUGCUGGCGAUAAAGAAAGACUUGUUUAAUUUUUUGGUGAUUGAUGUUGUAUUAGCCAUAAUGGAGUUGUCAGCUUUGUUUAAACAAACUAUUUGUUCAACAAAUUAAAUCGGUUUAAGAUAUUGUACAACUAUAUUGUGCCUGAGUGAAACAAGGCACAGUGAAACAAACUCGGUGAACUCAUUACUUAAACAGAUGCUGAUGUCAGAAACAUGAAGCAUGUACUCGUGCCUCAUGAGUACAGGAUGAUUUAUGAAUCGAAAGUUUGAGAUGAAAAGUACUUCAAACUGAUUGUUUUAAGCAUUUAAUGUGUAAUAUAAUCAAUUAAAAGGAUGGC